AUGGAUAAACUAGGAAUCAGUUCCCAGUAUAAAGCACGACAGUGUUCACAAUGUCAGGGGGACACAGAGUUCUACUGUAACAUGUGUAAACAUGACCUGUGUCUACAGUGUAAAGAGAGACAUGUUAUUGAUCUAGACACGAAACACCAUGAUGUUGUCAUCUAUCGUGAGAUAUGUGAAUCCAUCACAAAGCAAGAGAUCUGUGUGAGACAUCCAGACAAAAUUUAUGAAAUGUUCUGUAACUUAUGUAAACUUCCUGUUUGUUUCCGAUGUAAAGAACAUAAACAACACUUAUUACAUGGAUUGAGAACAGCCUAUAAAACAAACCGACUACAACAGAAAGGAAACAUUUGCCACAUCAGAAGUGAAACUCUUUAUAACAGCUGCUUUCUCCUGCCAGUAAUCAAAACUGACAUAGAAACUUGUCUCACAGAAAUCUCCAAACGACAAUCAGAGUUGUUUAUAAAAGCUAAUAGAUUAAAGAACUUGAUUGACACUGUGAUGUGCGAUGUUAAAAUCAGAUAUACAAGAUAUAUGAUGCAAAGAAUACAACAACAGAAGAGGAAAAUGAACAUAUAUCUUGUCAGCAUAGAGAACUAUGAACACAGAACUGAAUUCUCAGCAAACACACCGGUAAAAUUCCUUUUUUUCAUCAAAAGACCCCGUGUAACCAAGAUAAAGGAAACUCCUAGUCUUUCACAAAACCUCCUGCUUUCCCUGACCGAGGAACUAAACAAACAGGAAGUUAUCAAUUUACUAAGUGAUAUUCAAAUCAUAGAGGCAGGAAAAAGACAAGUAAGAAACGAAUACCUGCUGAAACUGAUGAAAACAGUCGUGAUUUACAGAUCCGUUAAAGUGACCGGUGUACGUCAGGUAAGACACAUUUCCAGUGUCACAUCUGGUAAGUUUUGGAUCAAUGAUGGUGACAAUCUCAUCUUGACAAAUAUAGAAGGUAAAUUACCUUUAAGUGAUGACAAUGCCGUUUUAAUAAACAGAAAAAAUUAUGUUCUGCAUCAGCUGACAGAUAUAGUUAGUGGAUGGGGAGUACACACAGUGACCAUUAACGGUGAUCUUAUUUAUAUCGAUAGGGAUGAUAACAUUAAUAGACUAUAUAAAGAUAAUGAAACAAAGUCUACACUGAUAAAGAAAACAAAACCAUGGAAACCCCGCUGUGUCUAUAGCUCUCGGUCCAAUGGAGAUCUACUGGUCGGGAUGUGGAAAACUGAUACAGAUACCGGCAAGGUAACGCGGUAUAACGACAAAGGGCAAUGUAUACAGACAAUACAACAAAACAACACAGGGCAGGGACUGUAUAGACAUCCUUUCUUCAUUACAGAAAAUUGCAAUGGAGAUCUUAUUGUGUCUGACUGGAGCCGUGGUGCUGUAGUGGUGACAGAGCAUCGAGGAAGAUAUCGGAACUGCUAUACAGGACCCCCAUCAGGAACAGGUUUAUCCCCACGUGGGGUCUGUACAGACGCGCUGUCAAAUAUCUUGGUAUGCGAUGCUAUCACCUACACAGUACAAAUGAUUGACAAAGACGGUAACUUCUUGACCCUGAUACUGGAAGAAGAAACAAGGAUAGAUGGACCACGGGGCCUUACUUAUGAUGACGAAACUCACCUUUUAUGGGUUGGUUUAUGGCACAACACAGUGGUUAAAUUGAGAUAUAUAGAGAGGCAGGAUAAUCAAACAGGUAAAUGA